AUGAGUGGCUCUGACGACAACGAAGAAAGAGUCUUACCAUUAAACAAAACUAAAGAAGAAAGACUAGCUCAACAAAGACUCUGCAAACGUAGGCAGUAUGCAGAAAUUAAAAAUGACCCUGAUUUACUAGCUCUUGCAAAAGAAAAAAGAAGAAUAAAGUAUUUAAAAGAUAAGGAAGCAAAAAAAAAAUUACAAGUAUUUCGGAAAAAGCGCCGCGCAGUCAAAGAGAGCAAAGAAAUAAGUGGAAAGAAAAUUGUAAAAGGUACCGACAAAACAAAAAACAAGCAAAGCCGCCAAAUUUUGAAGGCAUUGCUGUUUGCAGUAUUCAAGGUGAAAGCACUUCGACGCAUGAUCUUGGAGGAGAUCCGUUGCAACUGA